UUUUAAGCUCAUCAAGGAAGGAAGAGGAGGAGGAGGAGGAGGAGGAGGAGGAGAGUAAGGGGAGUGAGCUUCAAUGGAGUUGGGUAUGAUCUGGGUGGCCUUUGGGGCCAUUUUGGGAGGUGUUUUGGGUGUGAAAUGGGUUUUGAGGAGAGCAAAUUCAUGGGUUUAUGAAGUUAAGCUGGGAGAGAAGAGGUAUUCUCUUCCACCAGGUGAUCUUGGUUGGCCUUUCAUUGGUAAUAUGUGGUCUUUUCUCAGAGCUUUCAAGUCCACUGAUCCUGAUUCUUUCAUCUCCAGCUUUAUCACCAGAUUUGGACAAACUGGUAUGUACAAGGCGUUAAUGUUUGGGAACCCUAGCAUCAUUGUUACUAUACCUGAAGCAUGCAGAAGAGUCUUAACAGACGAUCAAAAUUUCAAGCCGGGCUGGCCUACAUCCACCAUGGAACUGAUUGGAAGGAAAUCAUUUAUUGGCAUUACUAGUGAGGAGCACAAACGGCUCCGCCGGUUAACAGCAACUCCAGUCAAUGGGCAUGAAGCAUUGUCCAUUUACAUGCAAUAUAUUGAAGACAACGUUAUAUCUGCCUUGAACAAAUGGGCUGAGAUGGGAGAAUUUGAAUUCUUAACUGCACUCCGAAAGCUUACUUUUAAGAUAAUUAUGUACAUAUUUCUUAGCUCAGAGAGCGAGCAUGUAAUGGAAGCUCUGGAGAGGGAAUAUACUUCACUCAACUAUGGAGUUAGGUCCAUGGCAAUCAAUCUCCCGGGUUUUGCUUACCAUAAAGCACUCAAGGCUCGGAAAAAUCUUGUGAACAUUUUUCAAUCUAUAGUGAAUGAGCGAAGGGAUAGGAAGAAAGGGAAUUCUCAAACAACGAAAAAAGACAUGAUGGAUGCUCUGCUGGACAUCGAAGAUGAGAAUGGAAGAAAAUUGAGCGAUGAGGAAAUCAUAGAUGUUCUUGUAAUGUACUUGAAUGCCGGUCAUGAAUCUUCUGCUCACGUCACGAUGUGGGCUACUGUCAAGCUACAAGAAAACCCUGAAUUUUUCCAAAGAGCCAAGGCAGAGCAAGAGGAGAUCAUAAGGAAGAGACCACCUAACCAGAAGAGAUUGACGCUCAAGGAAAUUCGAGAAAUGGAGUAUCUUCCCAAGGUGAUCGAUGAAACGCUUCGUUGGAUUACAUUCUCAUUUGUGGUAUUCCGAGAGGCAAAAGCAGACAUUAAUAUAUGUGGUUAUACUAUUCCCAAGGGAUGGAAGGUUCUGGUUUGGUUUAGAUCCCUUCACUUUGACCCUGAAACAUAUCCAGACCCAAAGGAGUUUAAUCCUUGCAGAUGGGAUGAUUAUACAGCAAAACCGGGAACUUUCCUUCCCUUUGGAUUAGGCAGCAGGCUGUGCCCUGGCAAUGAUCUUGCCAAGCUUGAAAUUUCUGUUUUCCUACACCACUUUCUCCUUAAUUAUCAGCUGGAACGGCUGAAUCCUGGGUGCCCGCGCAUGUACUUACCACACUCAAGGCCCAGAGACAAUUGCUUGGGAAUAGUCCGAAAAGUAGCAGCUGAAUCAGAAUAAUUGAGGAAGAAAAAAAUGGCUCCACACCAGCCCAGGCAGGUUCUUCUUCCUUGACAAGAAGGCAUAGAAUAGCAUCAAAUAUGUCAUUGGCGGAGUGUGUUCCUCAAUGGCCAGGGAGAUUUCGUUGUAAGGUAAUACUAGUUAUUACUAAUCGGAUGAGGUUUCCUUGUUUUUGUAUAUUAAUGCUACAGAAGGGUGAAACUUUUGUAUAAAGUAGGAUAAAGAGUUUGGUAAGCCAUUAUCAAACUUUUCAUAGAUGAAUAUGUUUGUUUACUCUGUGUUUGUAAUAAUUCUAGGUAAGUUUGGUUGGUUUUUUAUGCCUA